UGUAGGGGGCGUGGGAAAUGGCCGUGGCCAUUCCUGUCAGGGGCUGAGGAAGGGCGGCUUUCUGCCCGCUGCCUGGCGUCUGGUCUCUCUCUGCCCCCUUUCCUCACUUGCGCAGCCGGCGGCGGGAGGGGAAGAUGGAGGGGCCCGAGAGCAUGGGCUUCAGGCGGGUGGCCAUCCGGAGGAAAUCCAGCCCCAGCCUCAGCAGCAGCGCCUUGGUCUUCUCCCAGGCCGCCGCCGCCGCUUCGCCUCUUUCCCACCCGGAGAGGAGGAGAGACGUUGCCAGGGAAGCGGCGCCAACAGCGGCAGCAGCAGGUGGCAGCACAUGUCCAAAGAUCUUCAUAACUCCACUGUGCACGACAAGCAGCACAACUAGACUGUAUGAGCCAAACAUUGGCAAUGAGGUGGCUCAGAAAAUAAAUGGAAUCGUACCAGAGAAGCCAUCUCCACAGCCAGUUUCAAUUCCAAAACCACAAGUGCCUCCAAAGCCAUUACAUCUGCAGAAUUCACAGUCAUCCAUUGCCCACCAAACCCCCAGGCAUAAAGCUUUACAUUCUACGAAGCCAAGAAUGGAGGAAGUUACACCUACCUCUUCUUGCGUAUCUAAAGAAAAAACUAGUAAAGUGUCUGAUCUCAUCAGUCAUUUUGAAGGAGGCAGCCCAUCCAUUCCUAGUGAGCUGAAGAAAGAAUCCUCUGUUCUAAAUGUUGCUAAAUCUCAAGGAAAGCAUGGGCCAGCACCAGCACCUCAGCCAAAAUUCCUCACCCAACACCCACUACAGAAGCAGGGAUAUAGUGCAGAUCACUCUCAGGAUGUACAGAAUCGCACAGCCAAUGGAGAAGUAGCACAGAACCAGUUGGACUGCAGGGACAGCACAUUGCCGGUUCAUAAUGCGAGUAGGGCCAUUCAAAAUGCAUCAUUUGACAGCAGCUUGGUAAAUGGAGAACGAGAGAACAUUAGUACAGACGCAUUGCAAACUACAGCAGCCUGCAAAGGGCAAACAAUCAAUAGCUGUUGCCAGACUCCAAGUGUGAACACGUUAUUUCCAUCGGGAAAAGAAAGUGUAGAAAUGAUUACCAAUACAAAGAACAAGCAGAUUGAGGAGCACAAUAAGCAAGACUCGCAUGUGGAGACAAAGGAGACAAAUGAACAGAAAUGUUACAAUAUUGCCAAUGAGCUUUUGCACACAGAAAGAGCUUACGUCUGCCGACUUGCUCUCUUGGAUCAGGAGUUUUAUUGUAAAUUGAUGGAUGAAGCUAACAGGGGCUCAUUUCCUGCUGAAGUUGUUAAUAAAAUAUUUUCCAAUAUUUCAUCCAUUAAUCAGUUUCACAGUCAAUUCUUGCUGCCAGAGCUUGAGAAAAGAAUGCAAGAAUGGGACACAAACCCCAGGAUCAGUGACAUCCUACAGAAGCUAGCUCCUUUCCUCAAAAUGUAUGGGGAGUAUGUGAAGAAUUUUGACAACGCAAUGGAACUGGUGAAAACGUGGACUGAGCGAUCACCUGUCUUCAAAUGUAUUAUCCAAGAAAUUCAGAAGCAGAAAGUCUGUGGAAAUCUCACCUUGCAACAUCACAUGCUGGAACCAGUGCAGCGCAUUCCAAGAUACGAGAUGCUUCUGAAGGACUAUCUAAGAAAAUUGCCUCAAGACUCUCUAGACUGGAAGGAUGCUGAAAAAUCAUUGGAAAUAAUAUCUACAGCAGCAAGUCACUCUAAUAGCGCCAUCCGAAAAAUGGAAAACUUAAAGAAGUUGUUGGAGGUUUAUGAAAUGUUAGGAGAAGAAGAAGACAUUGUCAAUCCUUCAAAUGAACUCAUAAAAGAAGGACAAAUACUUAAACUUGCUGCUCGUAAUACAUCUGCCCAAGAAAGAUACCUUUUCUUAUUCAACAACAGAUUGCUAUACUGUGUCCCCAAAUUCAGCUUGGUGGGAUCUAAGUUCACAGUUCGGACAAGAGUUGGCAUUGAUGGUAUGAAAAUCGUGGAAACGCACAAUGAAGAAUACCCACACACAUUCCAAGUCUCUGGGAAAGAGCGAACUUUGGAAUUGCAGGCCAGUUCUGAACAAGAUAAAGAAGAAUGGAUAAAGGCUCUCCAGAAUACUAUAGAUGCUUUUCAGCAAAGGAAUGAAACAUUCAGAACUGCUAUUGCAAAAGAAUAUGAAGACACACCUAUUGAAGUUUCUACUGCUGAGCUUGGGAAGAGAGCACCAAGAUGGAUUCGGGACAAUGAAGUGACCAUGUGCAUGAAAUGCAAGGAAUCCUUCAAUGCGCUGACGAGGAGGAGGCAUCAUUGCCGAGCAUGUGGGCAUGUGGUUUGCUGGAAAUGUUCUGAUUACAAAGCUCAUCUUGAGUAUGAUGGUGGUAAGCUGAACAAGGUUUGUAAGGACUGCUACCACAUUAUAACAGGAUGCACAGAUAGCGAAGAAAAGAAGAAGAAAGGAAUCUUGGAGAUUGAAUCAGCAGAAGUAUCCGGGAACAGUGUGAUAUGUAGUUUUCUCCAAUACUUGGAAAAAUCUAAGACUUGGCAGAAGGCUUGGUGUGUGAUUCCUAAGCAGGAAGCCCUUGUAUUAUAUAUGUACGGUGCUCCACAGGAUGUAAAAGCGCUAGCUACCAUCCCUUUGCUGGGCUACACAGUAGAUGACACUCCAAGAAGCGCUGACCUUCCACACAGUUUCAAAUUGACUCAGUCCAAGUCAGUGCACAGCUUUGCCGCGGACAAUGAGGAACUAAAACAGAAGUGGUUGAAGGUCAUCCAUUUGGCCGUCAAAGGCGAAACACCGGACUGCCCCAAUGAUUUGCGGAUGAGUUUAGAGGACCAGCAUGAAAGCUCUGCAAAACUGGAAGCUGAAACUUGACGUAGCAGAUGAUUUGAAUCUACAGCUGGCUGUAAUUUGACAUAUUUGGGGUGUGUGGAAUAUUGGCCAUAAUCUUGCCAAAGUUAGUAAACGUAAGUCUCUCUGCUUUCAGUGGGACAGUGAAAUUUGGUUGGGUCACUGGAAAUGGUUUCAGUGAUAGGAAAAUCUAAAGUAGUUUGAUAAAGCAUGGGUAUACCAAAUGUAAUUAUCAGUUGUACUUUGACUAAGUGUACUAUUGUUUUUAUUGUUGCUGGAUGUAAAUAUACUUGAAUAAUGAAAGAAGUCUGUAGCGCUGUGCCAUCUUGAUACCUUUAGCUCUAUUGACUUCUUAGUCUUUAACUCUAAAGCAUUUAUCCAUCUUCAGUGGCAUUUUGUAUGUGCAGGUGCAAAUCAAUUGUUGUGGAGUGGCUUUUCCCCUUUUCUUGCAGUCCUUCAUUUUUCCCGACUAACUCAAGACUCAUCGUGCUAACAGUGUCCCAGGGCAAGUAACUGGUGUAUUGGUUCACAACCGUGAACUGCUUUUUUCCUGAAGGCAUAAAAAAGGAACACUUUUCUCCAUUUUCCAAAUGAUUACAGAUUAGUGCACUCGUAAAUCUAGGGCUAUGUAAACAUUGUUCAUGAAAAGAGGAGUUAGCAGUGUGGAAGCACAAUCGUUGCUUCCUUCUCAGAGCAUGUUGAGCUGAGGGGAAAUUUUCUGCUGGUUUCAGCAAAUGCCAGAUGUGCACAGUGCUGACUGGCUGGUGCCUAUGACGCCACCCUCUUCCCAAAAAUAUUUUGUUGCAUUAAAAAAUGUCAUUAAGAGAAGAAGAAGAAAAACAUGUGCAAAGGGGUGUGUACAUGGAGCUCCCUGUUGGUUAAACUGAGAGGGGAAGCUUGCACACACAUGAGCUUUCUUGCCGCAAUGCAAACAUAAGGUAGAAAGCAGCUCUUUUUGCAUGUGGGGCUAUUAUGAUUGUCAAAUAAAUCAUUGCCCAUUGCCUCAGCCAGGGUUUACAGUAGGAACCGCAUGUACCCACAGGACAGUGGAUCCUGUCAUUUAGAAAGACUUGCAUUAAUUUUAGGGCAUGCUGUGGGCAGUAUAAGUUUGUACAGAUAUUUAGCAUGCACUUGCUUCUGUACAUGAAAAGCAGCAGUGUACAUUUUUGCCACUUGUUUGUACAGUGUUCAAAAGCAGGUCAGUGAGCCAGGAUCAAUCAGAGCUCCUUGGAGCAAACAUCCUCAAGAGUUCAUGCUUUAGCACUUCACAUAUUCUUUCACACCUGAAAUGAAAAGUCCCUUAUUGGUGUAAUCUUUGCAUUGCUGAAAAAUGAUGUAACCAUCCUCUGCCACAAUGCUAACGUGAUGGAUAAUAGGAUUAAGGUUCUAGAUGGUGUCUACAGUUUAUGUCACUGAGGAGCACAAACAAAAUCCAUGGUGACAAUUGUCUUGCUUUCAUUCAUGUAAGCCAGUGCUACUCAGUAACGGUCCAGUUCAUGAGCCAUCGGCUGCUGGUCUGUGGUGACUCCACCACAGCCCAGGAUGGGUGGGAUGCUUCAGGUACCCAAUAUGGUACCAACUCCUGGCACAUCAGGUGGGGUGGGAUUUGCCAGUCCACCCCAUGAGAAAGUUUGAGAAGCACUGAUGUAAGCAACCAUAGCAAAAUUAAAUGGGAAAGGAGAUGAUCAGUUUAAGCACAAGUCAUGUAAAUUAUAUCCCCCCCAUAGGUUAGUUAUCUCCUCUUCCCUGGAUUUAAGCACCAUCUUUUAAGAAGAAAUGUGUUUCUUUCUUGAUAGAAUUUUGCUGGGCAAACUAGAAUGUUCUCAUCCAUGCAAAAUAACUCUUGAUGACAGUACAGUCCCUACUCAAAGCUUUCUUCAUCCAGUUUAACAAAAGGUAACCAAUUUUAUAAUUUGCACAUCUUAUUUAUGGGAUGGCUUGGUUUCCACAAUAUUUUACACUCAAAGUACACUGUAAACAAUUUAAAAUCUAAUUGGGAGGUACCCAUUGUGUAAAUGCAUUAAAGAGAAAAAAUUAAAUAAUGUUCCAGUUUGGGGGCUACUUAGUUAUUUCCCGUUUUCUCAAAGUGAAUGUAGAUUUGAUUUCCCCCAAGAUUUUUCUACUGAAGUAGAAGAGUUCUGUUUUAUAUAUAAAAAACACUCCCCCCCCCGGACAUGUAAUUCCAGUAUUACUCAGUCUGGAGUUACUCCUUGCAAAUGCAUAAAUAUAUUUUAAAUUAAAAAAUUAAAGAAAAGGAAUAGAUCUCAUGAGAGAUCUAAAUCCUUUUUCUAGGAAGAAAGGGAAACUAUUUCCCUUUCUGCGACAAAUGCAACAUACCAGCCAGUGUUCCACAUAAAAAUGCAUAGAAGCUCACCUGCUCUUGGUCUCAAGAAGUUUAGAAGCUGGAAAAUGUUACAAGCAGGCAGGGCAUGGGGGAAAUCGGCAAAAAGCAAAACAAAACAACCAACUGCACAACAGUCUUCAGAGUGUCACGCAGCUGAAAUAUAUGGAAUAUGUCACGAAUGAUUCUUGUGUGGAAGCAGGGGUAAGUCUUAGUUGAUAGUAUCAGAUGAACAAGCUGUAAAAAUUGUAAAAUCUCAAAGGGUAUACGUCUUUGUUUUUUUGCUCUACCAUAAAUAAAAUGCAAAAAGAAAAAGCAACAUUUAAGAUUGUGAGAGUGGUUAUCGUUAAAAUGUACAUGAAUGUAAAAUACUUGCAGAUAUGUGUAUAUAUUUCUGUAACAUAUGUAUAUUUGGUCCAUAAUGGUCGGAGCUGGAAUACUGUAAAAUUGCGCACUUUAAUUCUUGUUGAAAACUUUAAAAAUUUGUAUCCUGUAAAUUAAAAGCAUCAUUAAAUCAGUAAUUAUUCUCUGUGA